AUGGAGCACAAUAUUGAAAAUUCACUUCAAUUUGUUUUGAAUAAUUUGUCAAGUGGAACUCUUCAUACUUCUCUUCGUCUAUAUCAGGACAUUAUCGAAAAAUAUCGAGAUAUUUUAUUUGAAAUUUUAAUAAAGGGAGGAGAUAAUUUUAAAGAAGUUGGGUUUGCCUUUGUUAAUUCUUCCGUAACUGUGGUGGAUUUUAUGAACGUAGCAAAGCUUUAUGAACAUAUUGUUGAAUAUAUAGCAACAUCAAAGGACUGUUCAAAAUUAGUGUCUGUCAUUACCUUGAGUUUUCGUAGCUCCACAAGUCUUCAAUUAAUUGAGGGAGCAGAGAAGGUUGAAAUUAAACAGUUCGAUGGAGGAGUUGAAUAUACCCGUUACCAACUUGCCAAUAUUUAUUAUCCAAAACUGAGAUUCUCAUUUUCAACUAGAGAAGGGACUAGAGUUGGAGCGGCACAUGUUCAAAUCAGAAAAAUUAAAGAGUAG